GGGAAUGGGCGUCAACCGCCUACAGGGGCCAGUGCCCUCCACCAUGGGCAACCUUGUGAAGCUGACGGCACUCAACAUGUCAGGCAACCGGAUGGCUGGGAUCCUGCCUGCCACUCUCGGCUCUCUCACCAAGCUCACCCUGCUGGACUAUGACAGAAAUUUCCUGUCCUGCCCGACCGAUGGAAACUGCGUGGUGCCCCAGAAAAGCACCACCGCGUUUUGCAAGAGCUGCCCGACAUUUUGUGCUCCGUGCUAUGGGAAAGGAG